GCCCAAAGCAGCCAAUGAAUGGCGGUGGAGGAGGCCGGGUGUGAAGGCUUGUGGGCGGGGUCGCCUCGUGCGCAUGUUGUUUACGGUGCGGCUCCUAGCAACCGAAGUCUCAACCGACCCGUCUCCUUGGCAACCGUGCGAAGCUGCUUUCUGCUUUCAAAGUGCAGCAUCUGCGUGGAUUUCAGCGGAGGGUGUUUCUGGACCACUUCAGUCCGAAAGAUCCCUUUGCUGAGGUGUAUGACUUGGACGGGAGCCUAAGCCAUGGGAGUGGCCCUGACAAGAGCAGCUCAGUGGACUGCGGCUGGUGCUGGAACUGGUACUCUAGAAAUCACCCCGCUGAAUGAAACUCUCCUGAAUGAAAUCAUUAAGUUUACAGAAACCUUUAGCAGCAAACAUCCUCAAGAAGCCACCUUCGUCUUCAAAGAGCCGCUUGAAUGGCAGACCAAACUAGAGCCUUCAGCAUUUGACUCAGCCUAUGACGUCAGUGAAAAAACAGUUCAGUCCCAAGAAAGAGACAAAGAUGGCCAACCACUGCUCCUGCUCACAGGAUCAACUAUCAAAGUCCGCAGUUUUGGGCAGCUGUCUCGUUUGCUGUAUGUGGCUGCAGAAAAACGGUUAAAAGAAACACAGGCUUGCCUUGAAGCCAACAGAGAUCCCAUUGUGAAAAUUCUUGGCCCGGGAUAUGGGACGAUUGAAGGCGAGGAUCUUUCCAUGCUUCGUUUACUAGACAAAGUGAAAAAAGACGAUGCUUCUGAUACAGAAACUAAAAUGAAAAUUUCCCUCCUUCUCCAGCAACUGGAUAUGCGACUGCUCAACAGCUCUUUAAAGCAGAUUUCACAAGAAGUGAGGUUGACUCCAGCUGCUGUGAAGAAUGAAAUUGAGCUGCUGAAACGUUUCUCUGGGCCCAAGGAAGACGCGGUCCUUGAAUCGCUGGAAUAUACAUCAGAUUAUGAAUACACCAAUGGAUGCCGUGCCCCACCAUGGAGACAAGUCCAUGGGGAAAUCUGCUAUCUGAUCGUGAAGCCACGUGACACAGAUCCUAUGUAUGUUACUUGCAGCACAGCAGGAGUAUUUUUAAAUGGAGGAAGAGGUAAAGAGAGAGAUGAAAUCAAAUAUGAGAGACAGAGUGACAUAUAUAAAGACCUUGUCACAUUUUUAAGAGAAAGAUCAGCAGCAUUUGUAGAAAAUAUGACUAAACAGAAAAUUACUUUUUUUGAAGAACCAAAGUAUGAAAAAUAUUAUCAACAUAUGGAAGUGGUUGAGGCAGAUGAGUAUGGCCAAGCGCAAAAGUUUUACGACUAUCCAGACAAGAAUGUAUUUGAGAAGCCUAGGAGUCCUUCUGCAAAAAGCAAGUCUACUGACAGCAAGAAAUUAGAACCAUCUCUUAAGUGGAAGGGCAAGCCUGGUUCCCGAGAAGGCAAAGCAGCAAAAAAAGAAGUCAAAGAAGAGAAGGAAAGCAAACCAGUUCCUACAGAAACCAGGAAAAGACCCAGUGGUGCAUCCCCUGUUUCAACUAAAGGUAAACUUUCCCUAAAGCCUGAAGAAGUUAGUGAAAGUUCCUCAGAGAGUGAAGAAGAAGAUGAACAACCUGACCGUCAUCAGGAAAUAAACACAGAUCUACCAUCCGAAUACUGGCAAAUUCAAAAAUUAGUGAAGUACAUAAAGGCAGGUAACCAGACGGCAACUGUGAUUGCAUUGUGUUCAAUGAGAGAUUUCAACUUGUUUCAAGAAACUUGCCAGUUGGCCAUUAGAGAUGUUGGAGGUCUUGAAGUUCUGAUUAAUCUGCUCGAUACUGAAGAAGUCAAAUGCAAGAUUGGCUCAUUAAAAAUCCUGAAGGAAAUUAGCCAAAACCCACAGAUCAGACGUACAAUUGCUGAUCUUGGAGGAUUACAAAUCAUGGUUAAGAUACUUGAUUCUGUAGAUCAGGAUCUGAAAUGUUUGGCAGCUGAGACCAUCGCGAAUGUGGCCAGAUUCAAACGAGCUCGAAGAACAGUCAGGCAGCAUGGUGGAAUCAAGAGACUAGUUGGGCUAUUGGACUGCCCCUCAAUGGGAUCAGCAAAUCUUCAAGGAAAGGAGAUUGAAGUUGCACGUUGUGGAGCUUUGGCCCUCUGGAGCUGUAGCAGAAGUGCCAGGAAUAAAGAAGCCAUACGGAAGGCUGGAGGCAUUCCCCUGCUGGCCCAGUUACUAAAAUCGCCUCAUUCAAACAUGUUAAUACCUGUGGUAGGGACUCUACAAGAAUGUGCAUCUGAGCCAAGUUACAGACUUGCAAUCAAAAAUGAGAAGAUGAUUGAGAACCUUGUAAAAAACUUGAACAGUGAAAAACAAGAGCUUCAGAUGCAUUGUGCUAGUGCUAUCUUUAAGUGUGCUGAAGAUCAGGAAACGCGUGAGCUGGUUAGGCAGCACGGGGGCCUGAAACCUCUUGCUACUUUACUUGCAAACACUGGAAAUAAAGAACUUCUGGCAGCUGUGACUGGAGCAAUCUGGAAAUGUUCAAUCAGCAAAGAGAAUGUGACAAAGUUCCGGGAGUACAAGGCUAUAGAAGCUUUGGUUGGCCUGCUAACCGAUCAGCCGGAAGAAGUCCUUGUGAAUGUGGUUGGAGCUCUCGGUGAAUGUUGCCAAGAACAAGCCAAUAGGAGUAUUAUCCGGAGAUGUGGUGGCAUCCCACCCCUGGUUGCUUUACUCACUGGAACCAAUCAAGCUCUUCUAGUCAAUGUUACCAAAGCUGUGGGAUCCUGUGCCACAGAGCCUGAGAAUAUGAUGAUAAUUGAUCGCUUAGAUGGUGUUCGCUUGUUAUGGUCUUUGUUAAAAAAUCCUCAUCCAGAUGUUCAGGCGAGUGCCGCCUGGGCAAUUUGUCCCUGCAUUGAAAAUGCAAAGGAUGCUGGUGAAAUGGUCCGCUCUUUUGUUGGUGGUUUGGAGCUGAUAGUCAAUUUGUUAAAAUCGGAGAAUAAAGAAGUGCUGGCCAGUGUGUGUGCUGCUAUCACCAACAUAGCAAAAGAUGAAGAGAAUUUAGCUGUUAUAACAGAUCAUGGUGUUGUUCCUUUGUUGUCCAAACUAGCAAAUACAAACAAUGACAAAUUAAGACGUCACUUAGCAGAUGCCAUUUCUCGCUGUUGCAUGUGGGGAAGUAACAGAAUUGCCUUUGGAGCCACCAAAGCUGUUGCUCCUUUAGUGCGUUAUCUGAAAUCAAGUGACCCAGAUGUUCACCGAGCGACUGCCCAAGCCCUCUAUCAGCUCUCGGAGGAUGUCAACAAUUGCAUCACCAUGCAUGAAAAUGGUGUGGUCAAGCUGGAUAACAUCUACAGCUUGGGAACAACGGCCAAGAUGAAGACUAACAAAGCAUCAGUGCUACAUGAGGUUGUUGCCACUUCUGCUGAGUAUGGCAGGCUCUACGGAUGAAACGCUUCAGGAAGCAGCGGCCGGCUGCAUAGCAAACAUCCGCAGACUGGCUCUAGCUACAGAGAAAGCAAAGUACGGCUGAAACUCCAAGCAGUUUUUAGCAGCUCCUGAGAUGUUUUCUUUUUUAAUACUACACCAUGCUAGCUCAGAGUGGGAAAAUACUGACGUAGAAUACCUUGGAAAUAUGUAUUUUGUGUGAUGUUUAAUAAAAAUGGGUGAAAGAGGAAUAAACAUGAAAAAAGCAGUGGAAAAGUGUCAGUGACUGAAUCUACUACAUGGGUGUGUGUUGAGUUUUUCAGUACUUUAUCUUUUCCAAAGGUAUGCUAGUGGUUUUUGCCAUCCAAAAAUAUUGUAAGGUUAACAACAGUGCCUCUCCAGUUCCUUUUCAAAUACUUUGUUCACAUGUCAUGGGCAUACAAUAAAGAUGUUUCCCCUUA